AUGACUUUGAGGCUUUGCUGUGCCUGCAUUUUUAGCCUCCUCCUUCCUGGCCUCUCAGAUGGAGGGAAACUCCUGGUGGUGCCUACGGUAGAAAGCCACUGGCUUAGUUUGCAGAAAGUGGUUGAAAAGCUCUCCGAGAGAGGACACGAGGUGGUGGUGCUUAUGCCAGAAGUAAGCUGGCAGAUGAAAACGACCCAGGCCUACACUGUGAAAACACACCCAGUGUCUGUGACACUAGAAAAACUGGACAAUUCCUUUCGUGAGUUAUUUGCUGCUUUCUUGCAGGACCUGCCUUUACCAAUGUAUGCUCUAGUGACAUACAAGAGCACAGUGAAUAUUUUCCGUACAUUUUAUGCUCAGUGCAGGGACCUCUUCAGCAGCAAGGAGACCCUGCAGUACUUGAAUCAAAGCAGCUUUGAUGCUGUCCUAACAGAUCCCACUUUUAUGUGUGGAGCAACCCUUGCUAAUUAUCUCUCUCUUCCAUACGUGUUCUUCAUGAGAGGAUUUCCUUGCAACUUACACUAUGAUGCACCACAGUGCCCAAGCCCUCUCUCCUACAUCUCAAGAGGAUUUUCCUUCAACUCAGACCACAUGACAUUUUUACAGAGAGUCGAAAAUGCACUGAUUGCCCUCCUCAAUCUUUUUAUCUGUAAUUAUGUCUACGAAGAUGCACUAAAGCUUUCCUCUGAAGUUCUUCAGAGAGAUGUAUCCCUGAUGGAUCUUGUGGACUCUGCUGCCAUUUGGCUUCUGAGAUCAGACUUUGUGUUUGAGUAUGUGAGGCCAUUGAUGCCCAAUAUGGUGUUUGUUGGAGGUAUAAACUGUGUUCAGAAGAAGGCUCUGCCUAAGAUUGAACAAGCUUCCCAUCCAAAGGCUCCCAAGUCGGUCCCCCACCAUGCCGUACUACAGGCGCAGCAAUGGCCGUGCAUGAAUCCGCCUUUCUUCGGGCGCCCAGCUUCCUCUCCGCUGGCAGCAGGAUCCUCACCGCUCCGCAGCUCUGAUGUCUCCGUCCCUAAUCAGUAUCACGUCGUGGUCACCAAAUGCCACGGGCCAUACAGGAAGAUGACUUUGAGGCUUUGCUGUGCCUGCAUUUUUAUCCUCCUCCUUCCUGUCCACUCAGAUGGAGGGAAACUCCUGAUUGUGCCUAUGGUAGGAAGCCACUGGCUUAGUUUGCAGAAAGUGGUUGAAAAGCUCUCCGAGAGAGGACACGAGGUGGUGGUGCUUAUGCCAGAAGUAAGCUGGCAGAUGAAAACGACCCAGGCCUACACUGUGAAAACACACCCAGUGUCUCUGACACUAGAAGAACUGGACAAUGGCUUUCGUGAGUAUCUUGCUACUCACCUGAAGGAUCUGUCUUUCCCAAUGAACACUCUAGCAAUGUACAAGAGCUCAGUGCAAGUUUUCAAUGUGUUCUUUACUCAGUGCAGGGACCUCUUCAGCAGCAAGGAGACCCUGCAGUACUUGAAUCAAAGCAGCUUCGAUGCUGUCCUAACAGAUCCCGCUUUUAUGUGUGGAGCAAUAGUGGCUAAUUAUCUCUCUAUUCCAUAUGUGUUCUUAAUGAGAGGAUUUCCUUGCAACUUACACUAUGAAGCUCCACAGUGCCCAAGCCCUCUCUCCUACAUCCCAAGGCUAUUUUCCUUCAACUCAGACCACAUGACAUUUUUACAGAGAGUCGAAAAUGCACUGAUUGCCCUCCUGGAACUUGUGUACUGUAACGGUUUCUACGAAGAUGCAGUAAAGCUUUCCUCUGAAGUUCUUCAGAGAGAUGUAUCCUUGAUGGACCUCCUGAACUCUGCUUCCAUUUGGCUUCUGAGAUUUGACUUUGUGUUUGACUAUGUGAGGCCAGUGAUGCCCAAUAUGGUGUUUGUUGGAGGUAUAAACUGUGUUCAGAAGAAAGCUCUGCCUAAGUUCCCAAGACCAGUGAUGCCAAACAUGGUUUUUAUCAGAGGGAUACACUGUGAUCAGAAGAAAAAAUUGUUGCAGACCCAGUACCACCAUAUGGGGUCAGCACUCUGUGCAUCCAUGUCUUUCAUGGAUUCCCACACACCUCAGAACAUGUUGUCAGUAAAUGUCAACCAAAGUCCCUGUGUGGAUGAUGGCAAAAAGUGUCAUGAAGCUGUGGUUGUUCUAUGGGAAGAAGAAAAGAAGCUAAGUCACUAA